ACCCGGGUGAUACCCAUGGUGUUUUCGUCCAUGUUCAGGGGGUCAAAAAUGCGAUCAUUUGGUCGGAAAAGGAAAAAAAAAAGAAAAGAAACGAGGAAGAACAAUACCCAAUACCCCUCGCCCCUAACGAAGUGGCGAGGGCCAAUACUAAUAAUCAUCAUUAUUCCCCCCGCCCAUCUGCACUAUCUUUGGCUUCAACUUUUCCAACUUUCUGAGCCUUACGGGCCAUUAGACGAUCCGAAACAAGGGCGCGUCACAUGGCUCUCACUUGGAGACAAAGUCCUGGUCCUGGUUCUGGUUCAGUUUCUGCUCGGUCUGGUCCUGCUGGGUCUGACCCCGGUUCUGCUCGAGGCUCAGAAAGUCCUGGAGACGUUCCCGGGUCAGAAUGUGACUCUGGAGUGUUUUGGUCCGGCCCGGUCCAAGCUGGAGCUGCUGCAGUGGGUCAGACUGGACCUCGUCGAUCAGGGAUAUGUUUACUUCUACCGUGAAAACCGACUCUACGAGAGCUACCAGAUCCCGUCCUACAGGAGCAGAGUGUUCUUCAGAGAGCCCACUGUGGGACCUGGAGACUUGACCUUAGUCCUGCACGAUGUGAAGCCUGAAGACACCGGGACCUACGAGUGCCGGACCUCAGAGCAGAACGUCACAUCACAAGACAAGUAUUACAAGACCCAGGCCAGCAUCUGGCUCACUGUGAAAGGGCACAAGCGGGUCCAUGCAGACCCUGGCCAGGACCUGGUUCUUCCCUGUUCAGGACCUAAAAUGGAGCAGAUCCAACUGCUCCAGUGGAGCCGCCUGGACAGAAAUCACUCCGGGUUCAUCUAUGUCCAUGAACCAGGAACAAAAGGAAGAGAUCCAGAAUCAGAACUUACAAAGACCGGGUCUACCUCAGAGAUCGCAACUUGACUGGGGGAGAUGCAGCUCUGGUUUUGAAGAACGUUCGUCCUGAAGACGCUGGGACCUACACCUGCUACAUCCUGUUCCAGAGACCAGGACCAAACCCAGACCAGACCAAGACUAAAAGAGAUCAAGCGCCGCUGGAGGAGAUGCACCAUCUCAUAACACUCACAGUUUCAGGUUCUUCUCCAGGAGAGUUCGGACUGAGCACAUUCUGGAUAGUCAUUUUAGUCCUGGUCUCCUGUGUGCUCUUGCCUGGAGGCGGGGUCUUGUAUUGGGUCUUUAGUCGCUCUUCAGGACUCCCAAGUCCCAUGUCCCAAGUUCAAAGUGAGCACUUUCACAGCUCUGCUUCCCUAAUUUGAGUCAGAACCAAAACUUACCUAAUUUAAAAUUAGCCUGGCAAACUGAGGCUACAGCACUGAAAACAGAUGAACAUUUUUACCGUUUCUGACAAGUAAAACAGUUCAAAUGUAGUCAGAUUAAUAACUAACAUGAUUGACACAAGUUUGGUAAAUGACUCAAACUGGGGAAUGACUAUGUGUCUGACUUACCAAAGGACUUCUCCUUUUCCAAACUGAUCCAUUGUAUCAAUUUUUUUUUAAAGUACACAAAAAAAUUUGACUAAAGGUUUGAAAGUUUAACAUAGCGACUGAAGAACAGCGCCAUCUGCUGACAAUCAACAGAAAUGACUCCAAGUGCUUUGAAUGUUGGAGUCUUAGAGAAAAUGGGUGUUUCCCGGUUGCCAGGCUCCUCGUCCUCAGAGCUCUGAGCUCAGAGCUCAGAGCCCAGAGCUCAGAGCUCAGAGCUCAGAGCUCAGAGCCCAGA